CGCCGGUGAACAGUUACCAUAGCGUUUCUGAGACCUGCUGAGUGAGUUGAUUUAACUUCUCGUUGCUCGUCCUUCACUAAACAAGGGCAUGAAACAUUUCUCCUGAAUUCAGACAGUUUUAAAAAAAAGAAAAAAACAUCUCUAGCUGAUGCUGUGUGAUAUCACACUAUUUGACAGUAAGCCAUUUAUGUGACGCACCUGCAGUGCCGAAAAAACACUAAUGGAUAUUAUGCGGUGGAAAUCUCCGUUUGGGUUUGGAAAGAAAUGACUGUUUAUUGUGGCUUUCGCGUGAAAGAGAUGAACUGCUUCGGUCGCAGGUUUAGACGCACAGUUCCCACUCGUGGCAGCAGCAAAAGUGAGCUGGUCCCCUUCAGGACCCCAAGGAUCAACGGAUGGUCGUGGCCCCCUCAGCCCCUUCAAGUGGUCGGGUGGGUGGUGUACAUCUACCUCACCGUAGUCUCCUUUGGGAUCUUCAUCCCCCUCCUGCCUCGGCCAUGGAAUGCCAUGAGCUAUGCUAUUUCUGGCUCAUUGUUUUUGCUACACUUUUUCACUAACAUUGCUACUGUGACUAUAGAUCCAGCAGAUCUGACCGUUCGGGCCAAAAAGAACUAUUCCUCUCCUCUGCCUCUUUUUGACAAGGCAAAACAAGCACAUGUCAUCCAGGACCUUCACUGUUACCUCUGUGAUGUCAAUGUUGGCCCCAAAGUGAAACAUUGUGGAAUUUGCAACAAAUGUGUGGAAGGCUUUGAUCAUCAUUGCAAAUGGUUGAACACUUGCGUGGGUCAGAGGAACUACUGGUUCUUCUUUGUGGCGCUAAUUUCAGCCAUCCUAGCAGUCUUCAUACUCACUGUUGUCAUCUUGUUCAUAUUUGUUCAACAUUACCUGGAUCCGCACAUUUUACGGACUCAUCCACAGUUUGGGACAAUGCUGGGGAAUACAACGUGGCUGGUGUUCCUGCCAUUAGCUCCUGUAAAGACGAGUUCAGCUGGUCUCCUUACAUUAGCCUUCGUAACGGUUCUGCUCUGCGUCGUCUGCAUGUUGCUGUUCUGUCACUUGCUGGGAUUUCACCUUUACCUGUUUUACAAAGGAAUAAGCACAUAUGAUCACGUAAAGAACAAGCGAGAGAAACAAGACAGAAGACAAAAGACUGAAUCUAAAAGUGCAAGCGCCUGCUCUUUGAAAUCUUAUACAUGCUCACAAGAGAACCGAGACGCAUCAAAUAAUUGUGAGGAAACAUUUUCACAGAGUCCAGGAUUUGCCAACACAAAUCAACUUUCCUGCAGGCUGUCAGACUCUAUAUGUAUAGAGCUGGAAAACUUUAAGAAGUCUGCAGAAAAAGAGAAUAGUUUCAAUUAUGGGACAGAAAAUCCAACACAGAAUGAAACAAGGUCGAUGUCAAUGAGCGUCAUCAUGAGUCCGAAGCCUGACAGACAUGAGGAAGAUCAGGGAACCAGUGAAAAGUUAACUCCUGAGGCACAGGACCCUCUGGGCUGCUCAGUUAUGGCUCAGGAUCCUACAUCUCAGUGACCGUCUGAAAAGAGAUGGGAGCUGAUGCCAUCAGGAACAAGUUGCUGCUUGGGUCAGAAUUAUUGGUACAUUAACACUGUAACCCUAAAUUGAUAGUUAUUUUAAGAAAUAAUUGAAACAUGUUUGAUUUAGUGUAAUCACGGUAGACAAGUAGAUUAUAGAGGCAGACUUUGUUAGACUUUGCACACAUCACAAUGAUUUGAUAUUAGAACUUCUCAUAUUUUGUAUCAAUUUUCUUAUGUCGUUUCGGUCUAAGGCAGUUUUGGGAGAUAUUUAUGUUGGUAUUAAGGACUGGAAUAUUUUGUCCUUUUUAUUUUUUAUUUUUUUAUCAGUUUAAGUUCCUCACUUCAGAUUCAGUCACUUGAUGAUCAAUUAUUUAAUAACUUCUUUAGCUGAAACCCAAAACCACUCAGUUCUUAAGAAGUUCUAAGUCUUCAAAUGCUAUCUUUUCAAAAGAACAGUUAAUUAUUGGUUAAAGUUUUUGGAAGCAGCAGUCUUCAAUCCAAAUUUCUCCAGCAGUUUUUUUCUUCCACUGUAAACACUAAACCCACCUGAACAAUAAAAUUGAAAUCUAAAUGUUUUUCUGGUAAUCUCUUAGCCCGCUGUUAGUUUGAGGAACAGCGAAAUAAGAUAUCUUCUGCUUGUUUUGUGUCAUUUUUUUUUAAUGACAGUUAUAUUUUGCACAAAGUUGGGUGAAUUGUUCCUUUUCUGAGUGUUUUCAAACACACAGGGUUACAUUUUAGGGAUGCCAAUAAUUCUUCCCUACUUUGAAAAUAUGCUUCAUGAAACUGAAGCACCACAUUUUUUUUUCCGUAUGUCGAUGAAGAGUGUUUUGGAGCUGAAACCACAGUUGCUAAACAGAUUGGAUGUGGGGUAGAGGGGUUGUUUUGUUUUGUUGUUUAACUUUUCAAAGAAUAUUUUGUAUGAUUUAAUGUGCAUCUAUUUUUAUUUUUUGCAAUGUGAUUUUUUUUUUUCCUUCAAACUUUUCUUAAAAUAUUUAAAGCUUUGUUUGUACAGAGAUUAAAAGAACAUCUUCUUA